GGCUUUUUUACGUUUCUUUUUUUAUACCCCAAGGCUCUGUCUCAGAUCUAACCAACCAUAUAGUUUUGUGGUUUCGCGUACCUACAUCGCACGACCACCUUUCAGCUGAACCCCCCUACCCGUCCAUCUGACACAACGGCUGACAGCCCACUUCAACCUGCCCCUCUAAAAGAUCCACGUCCGCUUGAAAAUCGGACGGCACUUUCAUCACUCCACUCGAGAUGACGACCGCGCAACACAUGCCUGCAAAGGCUUAUAGCAGUGACAAUGUACACCACCGACCGAAAGGAAUUCUUAAGAACUCCCGCUCAUUCCAAAACGUUCCCAUCGCUGAAAUGGAGAGGCCCAUUGUGCCACCGUCCAUCGCUGAGCCUGCCGACACCAAAGAUUUGACGCUACAAAAUACUCUGCAAAACGCCGGCCCGAGACGUCGGUCUUCGGCUUCUCAGACGGGGCACGGGUCUCGCCGACAAUCCGAGGCUAGCAUGGCUGAUGAUGAUAACUCUCCCCGUUUGAAGUGGGAUGAGGCGAACCUGUACCUGACAGAGCAGGAGCGCACAGCGAAGAUGAAGAUCGAUGAGCCGAAGACACCGUAUGCCCCGCACUACGACCCCGCUGAAGAUGAGGAGGAGAUGCAAAUCGAGGAUGCCAAAAUUGCCUUGAUCGAUGCUCAGGAUAUUGUGGUGGAUGAGCUCGACAAGGGUAAGCCUGUACACAGGAAGGGUGUUUCGGAAGACGAAAUCCCGGAUUUGGAGCUUGGCGAGCCGGAGGAGGCUCAUCAUGAACUUGACAAUUCCCAGGACCCACGUGUCUAUCGUCAACGGAGCAUGAGCACCGAGUCCCAGAAGAGUGAGAAGCAUGUUCAUGUGGGUACUGGAGCCAACGGGGAUGCUGUGCCGGGUGAUGAAGGUCUGAUCACGACCGAGGAGGCGAAGGAAAAGCAUCGUAUCUUCGAAAACCAGCGAAAGAGACAUUACGAAAUGAGAAACAUCAAAGAUCUGCUCGCUCACCCCGAAGAACUGGAUGAGAUGGAAGAAGACGAGGAUGAGACCGAGCCCGGCCCUCCACCUUCUAUUCCUCAGAUUCCGGAGCGCUUUCGCAGUGGUCAAUAGUCAGUUCAAUUCUUGAUUUCGUGUGGUGUUAUUUAAUUGUCUCCCCUCUCGGUGAUGCAAAUGUCCUUCAUGAUCUUUUCUUUUUGCAUGUUCGAAUCCUGAAUAUCCCCUAAGCGAAUGCUUUUUUCUUAUCUCAUUUUCUUUUGGAUGUGGCCCCC